AUGCUUGCCUUCAACGCCGCGACCGACCUACAUCGCCAGGCUAUGACGUGGGCAGAGGGAAUUUUAAGGCUCAAAAUACCAGAAGAAGAGCUCAAGGAACUUGAAAAACGAAAGGCUGCUGCUCUUAUUGCCGCACAGACACGUCUUCGGGACGGAUCGCUACAAGAGCCACACCUGCAAACUCUGGUGGAGUUGGUGUCGGACAUAACCCGCAGUCAAUGGCAACUCCUUGGCCAGUAUCAACAUAACGUAUUUGUGCAAUGCAAACAUAUACCGUCAGCAAAGAACGUGCAGCAGACGGAAACCUUCCAGGAGCCGCAAAAUACGGCGAAACAUGGCUCUAGGAGAACCACAACCAGGAAGAAACGCAAAGCAGCUGGUGUUUCAAGACAAAACGAUGCCCCAAAACUGGCGCGUACCCAUUUCUCAUAUCCAACCAAGGACCAUAUUAUACUUCCUUCUCGAGAGAGUGGAGGCAGAGGCUCUUCGAGUAGGGUUAAAUCUCCAGAAAUUGUCGAUGACGCGCCAAUACCUCGGCCCGGGAGGCAAACCAAAGUCCCAUGUCACAAACUGGAGGAUAAAAUUCCUUGCAGUGAAACUGCACCGAGCAAAGUGACUAAUGAUUGGGAUGACGACCCUAUGGCCAUAGCACGAUUAAUUUGA